UUUUUAAAGCAAUGUUUAAUUCUUUCCUUGAGCUUUCAUGGAGAAUCUGGUGUGUGUCCAGCCCCACAGCAGGCACUAGGAGACAUAGGGGCUGGCCGAGCAGCGUGUCUGGCCCUCGUGUGCUCAUAGGCACUGACUCAGUGUAUAUUCAAUCCCCUAUGCCCAUUUUCCACCCGCCAUGGGGCCCGGCUGUGCCUGCUGUGUGUUUCACGGGGCAUGUUUGUGGUCCAUUGGGCCUGAGGGUGGUUCGAGCUCUGGGCGAUGUCCUGUUGUCCAUUCGCAGGCCCGAGCUGUAGCGUUGUGAAAGUGCCGCGCCGCCACCCACCCAUGCUGCGUAUGGUCCUGGAGGCACUGAAGGCAGGGGAGCAGCGCCGGGGCACCUCGGUGGUGGCCAUCAAGGUUUAUAUCCUGCAGAAGUACCCUACAGUAGACGCCAUCCGGCUCAAGUACCUGCUGAAGCGGGCCCUGAACACUGGCAUGCAACGUGGCCUCCUCGCCAGGCCCACCAACUCCAAGGCCAAGGGGGCCACUGGCAGCUUCAAAUUAGUUCCCAAGCCCAGAAAAAAAGUCAAGCCCAGGAAGAAGUCUACCAUGUCAGCCCCCAGGAGACCUGACGAGGCCAAGGAGGAGGCCCCCAAGAAAGGUGGCCAGUCCAAGGACGGAGAGGCAAGAGUGGGCAAGGCCAGGAAGGUCCCCCAAGAGCCAGACAAGGCCACGAAGGGCCCUCAUGGUCCCAUCAGGCCCCGUGGGAAGUCAAAGGUUAAAGGCAGAAAGAACAGCCCAGCAGACGACAAGGCCCACAGGAAAACCAAAGCUGGAACUCAGAGUUCAAAAGCCACGGUCGCCAAGGGUGAGAACGGUGCGGUUUUCCCAGCCAAAAAGACGACUGGGAGCACAGUCCCUAAAGAGGCCGCUGCCCAGGGGGCCGGGCAACGGCCAAAAGCCAAGGGUGCUGCUGCUCCUCCUAAGGAUGGUGUGUCCAAGACCGUACCUGCACCACCAGCCAGAAAGACAGAAGUCCCCAAGGGCCCAGGAAGACCUGGCGUGCCCACCAAGGCCUUGUCAUCCAAUGGGACCAGCAAGAAGAUAGAAGCUAAGAGCUAGAGGCAAGGUGGAAAGAGACUUAAGAUUCUGUUGGAAUUUUUAUUCGCCCCCAAAACAUUAUUUAUUUCACUGAAACCUAUUUAUCAAUAAAGAAUAUUUUU